AUGGGGAGACGAAUCGUACAGUAUAGGAAAAAGAACAAUUUCCGAAUCGUUAUUUUUGAGAUUAAUUAAUAUCAAGCAACCCCAGUGCCGGGUGUACUCGGCGGGCGGCUCUCUGAAAAGACGAGAUUUCGAUUAUCCCGAGAACAAAUAUCGUGUCCGGUGUCACGAAAAAGAAGCGAAUUUGUGCGCACCAGCAGCGAGUGUUGUAUAGGAGUAGAAACGUCUCGUCGCAAUUUAGCUGGGGAUCUCAGGAUCGGCGCGGCGCGUAUUACGUCGCAGGCAUCAGCAGCAUGGCGCCGAAGCAAUUAGUAACCCUCGAGGGCAUACCAAGCCGCUCGUGCUCUCGUGAUCCAAAGCGCAGAGUGCGACUGAUAUGCAGAAAGUCCCUGUGUGAUGUAUACUGUACCUAUAUAAUUGGCGGCGCCUCGACGCUCCGAGUAUAUGCGCCGUUAUGGUUGGCUGCUCGCAGGUGCAAUUAACGCGCGAGUAUACGACAGAGACACUUAGCUCGAUACACCCUGAAUUGUAACUUGCCACUUUGAAAAUUCACCUUUUCCCGCCACCUGUUAUUGGCAUCACUGCGAGAACGCCGACUUCCGGAAAUUCGCUGCUUCUUUGUAAAGGCCGCGACUGUGUGUAAACAGCGUAGGACAGGCCUGCGCUGUAUAAGUAAGUAUACUAAGGCGCUUCAGCGCUUGCAUCACGAUUUCCAAGAAGCCCUUGCGCGACAGCGAGACGCUUGUGUUUUGUUUUGUUAUCAGCUGCCGCCGGUCGCGUGCACGACGCAGUUCUUUCUCGGCGCGAUUCGCGAGCGCGAGUCGUGUUUUGUCAGUUGUCGAUGCUCUAAGUAGCUCUGAUGCAAGUGGAACUCAUCAUGUCGUCGGACGAGUGCAACGAAUCUCCAGGCCGAAGCCGAUCCAGGUCUUGCAGCACUGCUACCUCGAUGGAAACGGAUGAACUGCAGUCCCUCCCGCCACCGCCGGAGGAGCGGGAGGACACGUCGCGCGAAGCGGACGACGAGGAAGAGUCGAAGCCCGACGCCGAUGGGGCUGGACCUUCGUAUCUGAGGCCGCGGAGCCAUUCAAGGUUGCUGGAAAACGACGAGGCGGGCGAUCGGCAAGCCACCGCUGACCACUCGAGUAAGAGGUCCAGAACUGAACUGGCGACAAAGCAAUCGAGGCCCAAGAUGAUGCACACGGGAAGGGUUGCUGCGAGCAGGAAGGAACCCGUCUGCGAGAUCUGCCGGCAAAAGUUGCAAGACAAAGACCUGAAGAUGUACGCUGGUCACCCCAACGAUGCUGUAGACGAGUACAAUGCUGUCAUUGACGAAAAGCUCUGCUUGUUCAACGGGGAGGAGGAGCAUGUCAUGCAGCACGACUGGAGGGCCAUAAACAAGAUCACCUUCUUCAACGUGUACUGCAGGAAUGGACACCUAUGCCCAUUCGACUCGGGUUUGGUGGAGAGGGAGGCUUACAUCUAUCUGUCUGGCUAUGUGAAGCCGAUCUACAGCGAUGAUUCUUCCAUAGAAGGAGCUGUUCCUAGCAAAGAUAUCGGUCCAAUUGUCGAGUGGUUUGUCACAGGCUUUGAUGGUGGCCAAGAUGCUAUUAUAGUUCUGUCCACUCCUUUGGGAGAAUAUUAUUUAAUGCAACCCUCGGAUGAUUAUUCUCCAUUCAUGAGAUGCGUCAAAGAAAAGACUUUCAUAAGUAAAACUGUUAUUGAGUGUCUGCUAGAUGAGCCCAACUCAGAGUACGAGGAUUUGUUGAACAAGUUUGAGACUAUACCAAUGCCAAGCGGACUUCCCAGAUUUACUGAAGAGUUGUUGAUACACCAUGCUCAGUUCAUUUGUGAUCAAAUACUGUCUUUUGACGAAUCGGCAUUAUCCGACGAGCCGCAAUUAAUUCACGCCCCUUGCGUGAAAUCGAUAAUCGAUCUGUCAGGAGUAACGUUUAAGAAACGUUUUAGAAGAGGUAGAAGGCGUCAAUUUCUAGAAAACGAUGAAGAUUGGCAAAAAGGAUUGAGAUUGAGCAAACAAAAAGCGCCUUAUUGGUCAAAGGCCACCACCACUCAACAGGUGCAUGAUUUGUUUGAAAGUUUCUUUCCUGAUCAAUUGGACAACACUGCUGACAAGUUGAAAUUGAAACGUCGAAGAUGUGGGGCUUGCGAGGCAUGCUUGGAAACCGACUGUGGUCAAUGCGCUUCUUGUAAGAACAUGAUCAAGUUUGGUGGUACUGGAACUAGCAAACAAGCGUGCGUUAAACGUCGAUGUCCCAACAUGCAACUUGUUGAGGGCGAUGACGACGACUACGACGAAGAUGACGAUGAUAAGGCCAACCAUAAAGAAUCAAGUAUAGAAGUUCACCGAAAAAUGAUCAGAGCAUUAAAGAAAAAGAAAAGUGCUGUUAUAGAGUGGAUGGGAGAACCUAUUCAAAGUGCUAAAGGAGAUUUUUAUAAUGCUGUGAUGAUCAAUCAUGAUGUCAUUAAAAAGAAUGACUAUAUUUUUAUUGAGCCAAUCAAUUCGUCUGUACCCAUGCAAGUGAUCAAAGUAAAAUACAUGUGGGAAAACAAAAUGGGCAUAAAAAUCUUGCAUGGUACUUGGCUAUGGCGAGGCAGUGAAACUAUUUUGGGAGAAACAUCACUUCCAAGAGAAUUAUUUUUGGUGGACGAAUGUCAAGAUGUUCCACUUAUAUAUGUGCAGGCAAAAGCCAACGUGCUUGUACGUGAAUACUCAAACGAUUGUACCGAAAAAGGAAAUAUUAUUGAUGCACUAAAGGAAAACAGCAUGAUUUUAUUUUAUCAAAAGCGAUAUGACCACGUUGCAGCUCGCUUUGAAGAUCUUUUGCCAGAGCUAAAUCCUCCAAAGGGAGCAGAACAUUGUUUCUGCUCUACGUGUGCACGUGAUAUAUUGUCUAAAAUGAACAGGACGCCACAGCUAUUGGAACUCUUGGAUGAUACUGAUGAUAAAAGAAUUAAAUAUGGUAUAAUUAGGUAUUUAAAUGAAGAAUUUCGAGUUGGAAGUGCUGUUUAUCUCAAGCCAAAGACAUUUACUUUUGAAUUCCCAAAUAUGAAUCAGGAUACUUCAAGAGGUCAAAAACGAGAGAUUGUGGAUGAAGAAAAGUAUCCUGAGGCCUACCGCAAAUUCAACGACAGAGUAAAGGGUUCAAAUGUAGAUACCCCUGAGCCAUUUGAUAUAGGAUAUAUCACAAGCAUUUAUUCGACAAGCAAGUCCAAAUUGUUGGCUGGUGUGAAUGCAUACGUUACAGUGAAAAAAAUGUACAGACCAGAAAAUACUCACAGAGGUGAAAGUUUAAAAAAAAAAUCUGAUAUGAACAUGUUAUACUGGAGUGACGAAGAGUGUGACGUACGGUUAAAUUGUAUAGUUGGAAAGUGUUACAUAGCUUAUUCAGAGAAUUUGAAUCAAAGUAUUGAAGAAUGGUCAGCAUCAGGCCCACAUCGAUUUUACUUUUCAGAAGCUUAUGAUCUUAAUAAUGAAGAAUAUACUGAACCUCCUGCACAUGCAUGCAGUGUCACUAAAAGUUUUAAGAAAGAUGUUAAGGCCAAGUCAAAGAGUAAGAAGGUUGAAACUAUAAUUGAGGACAUUCCUGUUUCUCUUCCUCAGAUUUCACAUAAACUUAGAACUUUAGAUGUUUUUGCUGGUUGUGGAGGUCUAUCAGAAGGACUUAAACAAGCUGGGGUAGCAGAAAGCUUGUGGGCUAUAGAAAAUGAUACAGCAGCAGCUCAUGCCUAUCGAUUGAACAAUCCAAAAGCAUCCGUUUUUACGACCGAUUGUAACUCAUUUUUGGAAAAAGUUAUAAAUGGAGAAACAUCAUUGGGUGGUCAGAGUUUACCUAAAAAAGGUGAAGUAGAUCUGCUAUGUGGAGGGCCGCCCUGCCAAGGUUUCAGUGGCAUGAAUCGUUUUAACUCAAGAGCCUACUCUUCGUUCAAGAAUUCUCUUAUUGUUAGUUUUAUUUCUUUUUGCGAUUAUUAUAAGCCUCGAUUUUUCCUCAUGGAAAACGUAAGGAACUUUGUAUCGUUCAAAAAGAGCGCCGUGCUUAAAUUAACAUUAAGUUGUCUCUCACGAAUGGGUUAUCAAUGUACUUUUGGAAUUCUCCAAGCAGGCAGCUAUGGUAUUCCCCAAACACGGAGAAGAAUGAUAUUGAUAGCUGCUGCACCCGGAGAAAUUCUUCCUCGUUUUCCUAAUCCGCUUCAUGUAUUUAGUAAAUCAACUUGUCAGUUAACUGUCGAUGUUGAUAACGUAAAGUAUUUUACGUUUACUGAUGUACACGAGUCAGCUCCUUAUAGAGCGAUCACUGUUUACGAUGCUUUAUCCGAUUUACCCAAAAUUAAGAGUGGCAGUAAUGAGGUUGUCAUGCGAUAUGAAAAUGACCCUUUAACACACUUUCAAAGAAAGAUGAGAUCUGGCAUGGACGAUGAGUUAGCACUAUAUGAUCAUAUAUGUAAGGACUUGGGACCAUUAGUAGAAGCUCGUAUGGGUCUUAUACCUACAAAGACUGGAUCUGAUUGGCGGGAUUUACCCAAUAUCGUAGUUCGUUUGAGCGAUGGAACUUGUACGACGAAAUUAGAGUACAAAUACAACGAUAAAAAAGCAGGAGUCAGUUCUACUGGAGCACCGAGGGGUAUAUGCAGUUGUAGUGAGGGCAAAUCUUGCAGUUUGCGCGAUAAGCAAGUAAAUACUCUGAUUCCCUGGUGCUUACCGCACACAGCUAAUCGGCAUAACCACUGGGCUGGACUUUAUGGCCGAAUCGAAUGGGACGGCUUCUUUAGCACAACUAUUACUAAUCCAGAACCGAUGGGUAAACAGGGCCGAGUUCUUCAUCCAGAACAAACACGAGUAGUCAGCGUACGCGAAUGUGCCAGAUCUCAGGGAUUCCCCGACAGUUUUCGAUUCUACGGAAGCAUACAAGAUAAACAUAGGCAGAUUGGCAAUGCAGUGCCUCCUCCGUUAGCUAAGGCUAUAGGGCUGGAAAUUCGAAAAAGCGUCAGUUUGAAAGAAGCCAACGAAGUUCUCGAUAGAGUUGUUGUAGAAGAGGAAAGUUAGAGUUUUGUCGUUGACGUCUAGAUUUUACAGCGUUCUUUCAUUUUUUCGAGACUGACUGAAUUUUUUUAUCAUUAUUUUGAUACCAAUUUAUGUACUAGCGUAUAUUUACUUUUUAAAAGUAUUUUUAUGACCUGUUUAAGUUCGCAAUUAUCUACUCGAUAAGAUAACUAUUUUUUAAAUGACCUUUUGCCUUUAAGUAUCAUUAUUGUAGGCAUCGUAUUCUUGUGCUUUACUUAUUAGAUUGCAAAUUAAAAUCAUGUUUUCGUA